UGACGCCAGAAACCAGGCGAGAGCAUCAAUUUCCUCUUACCAUCACUCCCCAGAGUCCACGGAGUCCAGCGUGAGCGCUCGGCGCGGCAAGUCGGCCACCAUGGCCGCGGCGGCUCUCACCCUCCUCCUGCUGGUCCUCCUCCCGGCGGGCCGUGCUCUCGCCACGGCGGCCGGCGACGCGCACCCGGGCUACGCGGGCGCGGAGGCCGACACCUGCGAGCCGGCGCCCGGCGGCGCUCCCCCCUACGGAGGAGGCGCGGCAGGCCGGCGCCACGGCCCGGCGCUGGAGGAGUACGGGGGCGGGCACAUCGUGGACAUCACGCACGCGUACCGCCCCAGCAUGCCGGCGUUCGCGCCCGGCGCGACCGUCGGCCCCCUCGUGCGGCUCAAGGCGUCCAUGGAGGACGGGUCGGAGUACAACCUGUCGGAGCUCCGGAUGGAGUGCCACAUGGGCACCCACGUCGACGCGCCGGGCCACAUGAACCAGGCCCACUUCGCCGCCGGCCUCGACGUCGACACGCUCGACCUGGAUGUCCUCAACGGUCCUGCCUUACUGGUCGAUGUUCCAAGACACACAAAUAUAACAGCUGAAUCCAUGAAAUCCCUAAAUAUACCGAAAGGUGUUCGUCGCGUUCUCUUCAGGACAUUGAACACAGACAGGGGGCUCAUGUGGAAGGCAGCUGGUGAUAUGAGUUAUGUUGGAUUUACAGAGGAUGGUGCACAGUGGUUAGUUGACAACACGGACAUCAAGCUAGUUGGGAUUGACUAUAUAUCAGUUGCUGCGUUUGAUCACUUGAUCUCUGCCCAUGUGGCCUUCUUCAAAAAUGCGGAUAUCAUCCUAGUCGAAGCCCUGAAACUAGACAACGUGAAGACUGGACUAUACAUGCUGCACUGCUUACCUCUGAGACUGGUUGGCUCUGAGGGCUCACCAAUUAGGUGCAUUCUUAUCAAGUGAUCACCAUGGUGCAUUCUUAUCCGAGUGGCUGCUCUUGCCAAUGGCUGCAACGUAUCGUGCCCGCAGAUGCUACAAUAUCUUUGUCCACGGUCCCAUCUUAGUGGAAAAAGAAAAUGCCUCUUGUCAUGCAUACAAGUUUGUAUUGUAAAAUGAACAAAGGAAAUAUAGCAGUACUACGAAUAAGUGAGUAGUGAAGACAGACUUGUAGCGACUUUUGUCAGUCUGUAACCAGUGAUGAACCACACGAGUUUGUAUAAUUUCCAAUCGAGUUCAGCAAUUUUCAAGUGCA